AUGCAAAAACCAAUCGGUGCAAAAUUCGUGAAAAAGUCAACGAAAAAAUCCGCGCUCGCUAAUUUCAUCGAAGAGACAAAACCCGCAAAACCAGAAACUCACAAGUCAAAAAUCACAAACGUAUUAAUUGGCCAGAAAGAAACACAAAAUAAUGAAACAAAAAAAGACAUCACAGUCAUCCCUCUCCCAAAACAAUCUUUUGGGAAGAGUAUACUCGAGCAAAUGAAGAGACGGAAAACACUCGAAAAGGCAAGUGGAAAUUUUUCUGAUAAAUACAAAGACCUCCCACCUCCAACCGACUCUCAAGCAUACGAAGACAUCCCUGUCGAGAACUUUGGGGCUGCGAUGUUGAGAGGUAUGGGCUGGAAAGAGCCACAAACUAAAGAAGUCAAAGACAGCAAAGAAUAA